ACCAACCACAAAGCUACAAACCCCAAAAUUAAAUUCCCCCAAGUAAAUCCUUUUUGUUUUUUUUUUGGUUUCUUCUUUGAAUGGCUGCUCUUGCAUCAAGCCUAAGCCUUAGUCCACAAUACAGAACAAGAAGCAAAGAAUAUCAACAACAUCAUCAUGGUUCUGUUGUUGAGGAAAUCAAAGGGCUUAUUAGAGUUCACAAAGAUGGAUACAUAGAACGACCUCAAGUUGUUCCAUGUGUCAGUUCUUCAGCUCUGAGUCCGGAACUAAAAGUUACAUCAAGAGACAUGGUCAUUGACAACGUUACAAACACAUGGGCACGUUUCUAUGUUCCAAAUCUCCACCAUCACAAUAAGAUACCUUUGCUGGUGUAUUUUCAUGGUGGUGGCUUCUGCAUUGGAUCAGCAGCAUGGAGUUGCUACCAUGAUUUCCUCGCUAAGCUAUCUGCUGAAGUAGGGUGCAUGAUUAUGUCAGUGAACUACCGAUUGGCACCGGAGAAUCCUCUUCCAGCACCAUAUGAUGAUGGAAUAAAGACAUUAAUGUGGGUGAAACAACAAUUUCUAUAUCAAUACGAUGAUAGUGAAUGGUGGACUAAGAAAUGCAACUUUUCAAGUGUGUUCUUAGGAGGUGACAGUGCAGGUGCUAACAUAGCUUACAAUGUUGCCAUAAGAGUAUCUGAAUCUGCUUUGAGGCCUUUAAACUUGAAGGGACUUGUUCUGAUACAACCUUUCUUCGGUGGAGAAGUGAGAACAGCAUCUGAGAAAUCCAUGGCUGAAUCACCUGGCUCUGCCCUUAACUUGGCAGCGUCCGAUGCCUACUGGCGUCUGGCGCUGCCACGUGGGGCGGACCGUGAUCAUCCGUGGUGCAAUCCUAUUGCAAAAGGGGCAGUAAAGUUGAAGAAUUUAUUGGUGCCAACGUUGGUGUGCAUAUCAGAGAUGGAUAUAUUGAAGGAUAGGAACUUGGAGUUCUGUGAUGCUUUGGCCAAAGAGGGUAUCACAGUGGAAUAUUCUGUCUUCAAAGGUGUUGGCCAUGCCUUUCAGAUUCUCAGCAAAUCUCACAUCUCAAAAUACACAACACAUCAAAUGAUGUCUUGUCUCAAGUCCUUCAUCAUGUCUCUCUGAUUAAUAUGAACCCAUUGGUUAUGGUUUGUUGUAAUACUACUUUAUAUAAGCACACUAUUAAAGUAGUGUAAUUUUACAUUGAA